AUGGCCUGCAUAAGACGAGGCCAGCGAGCCCUCCCAAGCCCGCUCAACGCCAGCCGCAUCCCAAUCGCGCGCUACCUCUCAACAACACCUCAACCCAACAAACCAACCGACACCGUCACCAUCCCCUCGAAAACCGACCUCAAUGCCCCAAUCAGCACCCUCCCAAUCGACCUCGUCACACCCCCUCCAAUCGCCCCCUCAGCAGCCCUAGCAGACAAGCUAAAGCGCUACGUCGAAUUCGGCCGCACAUACCUGACCUUCUACAAAACGGGCCUGAAAAACGUCUACAGAAACUACCGCGCUUCACUACCCCUACGAGCCCAACUAGGUCUCCCAGCCUACCUACCCGUUUCACCACCCCGCGAAAGCAAUGCCUCACAACAAUCAAAGUACUCGCAGCUUGGCCGCGGACAGUUCCAACUCGUCUGUCGAUCUGCCCGCGACGUCCGCCGCAUGAUCCCCUUUACUCUUAUCCUGAUUGUAUGCGGGGAAUUCACACCAUUGAUCGUACCGAUCUUCGGCUCAGCGAUCACGCCCGCGACAUGUCGUGUUCCGAGCCAAGUUGAGAAAGAGCGCAUUGCGUCUUCGAAGCGGAAAGUCGCUGCUUUGCGCGCGGCAGGAGUCCCUGUUUCUGUUGAUGCGGAGCAGAUGGGGGCUUUGGCUGGGUUUGUGGAUCUGGAGUGGGUGGCAAAAGCGCAGGCUGCGGAUGUGUUGAGGGCUUGUGCGGUUUUUGGGCUGGUGAAGAGUCAUGAGAAGGUUGGCGGGGCUGUUUUGGCGGGUUUGGUUUAUCGGCCUAGGUUGGCGAGGUAUGCGGAGUAUCUUGCUGUUGAUGAUGGGAUGAUUCGGGCUGGGGGUGUGGCUGGGAUGAGUGCUACGGAGGUGCGGAUUGCGGUUGAAGAGCGUGGUGGUGUUGAUGUUUCGGGUGCUUUUGAUGGGAAGCAGGCUGAGGGUUUGGAGAGGCGUUGGUUGCAGCAGUGGCUUGCGUUGAGGGAGAAGAAGAGUGUACAAUAA